UAAGUGGUGCAGCUCCAGGCACCAGAAAGUGAGUGCUGCGCCAUUUAAGGUGGAACGGGAAACCUCGAACAUGAAGCUGGCGAAUAGGAAGCCACUUCAGCUUCGUCUUCGUAAAGAUUAGAAGGGAUUCACUCCUUGAUGGAUUUGCUGGAUGUGUUUUUACCGGAGCUCUAAAGUCGGUUUUUAACGUCAGAUGCAGACGGAACGGUCAGUUAAUGAAGUAAUAAAAGCUAGUCCGUGCAGAUUUGAUUAAUCUGUGUCUGAGGAUUAUAAACGGGCGGGGUAAUAAGGCCGUUGUGGCUGAUUAAAUCCGGAGACUCUUCGUCUCUCAACGCAGGUGAACUUGUUUACAAGCGGACCUUGACCGCUCCAACAUGGCGGACGCGCAGACGUAUCGCCACGCAUGGAGAACAACAGACGUCGUUGUUUCCGACAGUGAACCCACCCACGCGGCCAUGUGCGGGCUGUGAGAUACACGCCGCACUUUCAGGCCUCGACCCUCUGAGUUUAGUGUGACGACCACCACACUUUCUUGGACUCUUUCUGAAAAGGACAUCAGCCGCAGUUCCGCAGAGUAACAUGCCUUGCCCGAACCAGCAGGUGGUCCGCAGCAGCAGCGCCCACCCUGACCAUUCCACUAUGAAGCAGGUCCGCUUCGCGAGUGGCAACAACUCGGACAGCGAUUCCCAGGACAAGCCGUGCGAAACCCCAGAAAACGGCCACUCACACAUCGAGCUGGGGCCCCAGCUGAAGCUCUUACCCCUAAAUGACCAAGUCCGAGAACUACAGACCAUAAUCAGGGACAAGACCACCAGUAGAGGGGAUUUCGUGUUCUGUGCUGACAGACUGAUUCGGCUGGUGGUUGAAGAAGGGCUAAACCAGUUGCCGUAUACUGAAUGUGUUGUGACCACACCAACAGGAUACAAGUAUGAAGGUGUCCGGUUUGAACGAGGCAACUGUGGUGUCAGCAUAAUGAGGAGUGGUGAGGCGAUGGAGCAGGGCCUGAGAGACUGCUGCCGGUCCAUUCGCAUUGGCAAGAUUCUUAUACAGAGUGACGAAGAGACGCUGAAAGCCAAAGUGUACUACGCAAAGUUCCCACCUGACAUUUACAGACGCAAAGUCCUGCUGAUGUACCCCAUCCUGAGUAGUGGAAACACGGUCGUUGAAGCAGUCAGGGUGCUGACUGAUCAUGGUGUCCAGCCUUCACACAUCAUCCUCCUCAGCCUUUUCUCCACUCCUCACGGGGCUAAGUCCAUCAUCGAGGAGUUUCCAGACAUCACCAUACUGACCACUGAGGUCCAUUCCGUCUCCCCCAUACACUUUGGACAGAAAUAUUUUGGAACAGACUGACUGGAUUGGUUGGGCCUCCCUCUUUGGUGGACGCUUUUGGGGAUGUUUUUUCAUCUCAUCUUUGUGUCAAAACGGUUUGAAGUGCCUUAUUUAACGAUUUAGCUAUUUAUAAGUUUUGUCUUGCAGUGGUAAAAGAAUAAAGAGCAUUGCAGUAGUUUGUGUUCUCACCACCCGGUUCCUUGUUGGCUUGGGAAGUGUCAGAUGAUAACCGGGUCCUUGGUAGUUGGUCUCAGAUAGAUUGGGCACCAAACUGUUGUCAUGUACCUCUUUGUGUAGAGUCUAGAGCCACACCAGGCAAACUGUCAUAAUGAGGCUGCACCUAAUGUAUUAGAACCAUAGAUGUCCAUUCCUAGAUGCCGCGUUGUCUGGUUUUCUCUGUCCAAGGCGUCCACCCUGUUGGAGAGGUCAAGAUCUGCUUGUGAACAGAUUCACUCGUAUUGAGAGACGAAGAGUCUCGGAUUAAAUCGGCCUCAACUUCAUUAUUACUCAACCGAUUUUCCCCACAUCUGUUAGUUACAAUCCCCAGACACAGAUGAAUCCAGUCUGCACGGAUCUGCUCUCGAUGGCUUUUACUACUUCAUUAACUGAUCGAGCUAAUUAGCCGUCUGGACCAGCAGGAAAGUAUUCAGUCUGGACGUUACCGGACGCUAAAAACCGAGUUUAGUGCGAGAAACACAAUCAGCAAAUCCAUCAAUGAGUGAAUCCCUUCUAAUCUUAAUACACAUAAACAUAAAAUAAACCCCUGAACACAGCAAGAAGGACGAAGGUGAAGUUUCUAUUCGCCAGCUUCUCGUUCGAGUUUUACCGUUCCACCUUAAAUGGUGCGGCGGUCACUUUCUGGUGCCUGAAGCUGCACCAUUUAAGGUGGAAUGGGAAAAUUUGAACAAGAAGUUGGCAAAUAAGAACCUGACUUCGUGUAAGAAGGUUCUAACAUUAAUCUGUUAUUAAUAUCUACACGGAUUAAGGAACGCUAGAACUUAAAAGCAUCAACCACCACUGUAAAUAAAUAACUACUACAUAAAGUUAAGACCCCCUGAAUAGACUGUUCAAUGAAAUGAGCUUAAUAUAAAACCAGAGGAGAAACAACCACAUCAGCAGGUUCUCUGGGCUUCACUGACCACACGGUCAUAUCCACAUAACCACACAGACAUGAGCGGGGGUCACUGCGUUCCCUCCGAUAUAUAACCCUGUCCCGCUUUCUGAGGGCGAUAUUCCUGAAACAGCGGAAUUGUGGACAGUAUCUUUAUUAAACUGCCGCUCUGUAAUGGCACUGACGUGCCUGGCUGGACCCAACGCGGCAUCUAGGUCUGUAUGUCUGUGAUUAGAACUCACAGCUACUAGCAGUGUGAGAUCAAGCUGCCUGUGGCGUCUGUGACUGAAAGUCACAUGAGUUUCGUGACCAAUCAGAACCUCAUCAAGAAGACUUGCAAAUGCACGAUUAAGCACUGGUGACUCCAACUCACAAGAGAAGCACCUGCUCAGUCUGGGUUCCAGUGAGAUUUACUGAAUAAAGAAAUUGAAAAUGUC